GGCCCUGAACAGUCGUUUCGUUUUUCCUACGCUAGACAGGCAUUUCUUUCUCGAGGAUAUCAAUAGCAAUGUUCUUAAGUAUUCGUUUUGUUUCACCGUUAAUAACUAUAAGGUUUAUGUUUUGAGGGACGCGUAGCAUUCUGGGUACAGAAGGCGUGCGCAUGUGUAUGUGUGAGGCACGCUUCUCGAAGAAAGACUUUUCUAAGAAAUCCAACCGUCUAGUCUAAGAAUAUUAAAUCUUCAAAAAAAAGAAAAGAAAACGGGGGAGGGGUGUGCUUUAAUGACAUACUUUAAACGGCACUGGAGGACGAAGCGAUACAACGUGCAGGUGGAAGUCUAUUUCCCACUGUGGAACGGACGAAAAGCGUUUUGCCAGCUGUGGUGUAACUGGGGCGGGCAUGGAGCAGGGUAGGCAGUGGGCGCAGGUAGGAUGCUCGCAGUGUGCAGGACGUUUUAAAACCUGUAAAGGUAAUAUUCGUGCAAUCUACCUUUCGGGAAAAAGGAAGGUCUAAUUAUAAAUAAUGCUGUUCACAUUUACUUUAUCUUCCUUUUUUCUUCCAACCUAUAAUAGAUUCGCAGUGUGUAUGUAACAGAGGGUUGUUGCAGUCAGUGUCAUGUAAAAAAAAAGCGUUAAGAGUUCUUUCCAGUUCGGAAUAUUACAAGGACACUGCCCUGCUCUAAGUCGGUCCAAGUUAAACAUCAACAGCCAGCAGUAGUUCCACACAUCUGCAGCUCGGGGGCCUUGAACCCAGUCCUGGGAGUGCAGUACGCCGCGCCUUCGCAUCAGUCCUAUCAACGAUAUUCGCACCCGCGGCGUAUUGCUCGGCUUCCACGCACACUGCGUCUUACAAGCAAAGUAAAACUCAUCGGAGUGUGUUCGGUGUGCGCUUGUGUGUGUGUGUGUGUGUGUGAGGGAGAGAAAAAAACAGGAGGCGGUUUCCUUUGUUGUGCUGAGGAAUGCGGAAAUGUUGCUGCUCUGUGUCAAACUUCUCUGAAGGGGGUCAAGACACAUUCAGCCAGCGUGGGAAAGGGAAGAAAACGAAGAAGAGAAAAUAGAUCGUGCCUUGCAGACAGUCUUCUGUCUUGGAGUAAAAUAUUAGGAAGAAGAAAGGGAAAGAAAAUAACUGUAGUUUAAAGGGCUCAUGUACAAAUCUCGAUCUCCCGAAAAAAAAAGUUGCAUGUACACUGGUGUGCGUAUAUGUGGGAAAUGAGUCCACCCCCCCUAAUUUUUUGCUGAUCUGCCUGAAUUCCUGUCGCUGCUGCUGCUGCCGCUGCUGCUGCUAGUGGUGCUACUGGAGAAUGAGGCUGGUCUUUUAUACGGCACGUCUACCUGUGUGGCCCCGGACAGGGACUUCGGAGGAGGAUCACUGAAGUAUUCACAAAGUUCAGUUCAGAAAGCAAGAUCUGCCUCACCGUGCACAAAGACAGAGGGAGAAAGAAAGCGAUCUUACAUCGGGAUUGUCGCUUAUAAAAAUAUCGAUCAGAUGCUCAAAGGAAACAUACAGCUGUCCUGAUGCUUUCAAAGUGACAUAUCCUGGGCCCUGACAGGGAGUGAAGCCGGCUCCGUAGCACAAACGAAAGGAAUGUUUAAUAAGAUGGAUAAGGAAAGUUUGACACCACAGUAUGAGCCUGUGGCCGAGAUUGGGGAAGGUGCUUAUGGAAAAGUAUAUAAAGCAAGAGACUUGAAUAAUGGGGGUCGCUUUGUGGCGCUAAAAAGGGUUCGUGUUCUAACAGGAGAGGAAGGGAUGCCAAUCUCCACAAUCCGUGAGGUGGCAGUACUGAGGCAGUUGGAGUCUUUUGAACAUCCAAAUGUUGUCAGGCUCUUUGAUGUAUGCACAGUGUCAAGGACUGAUCGAGAGACCAGGCUGACUUUGGUUUUUGAACAUGUUGAUCAGGAUUUAACUACCUAUCUAGAAAAAGCUCCUGAGCCAGGUGUGCCGCCUGAAACAAUUAAGAAUAUGAUGUUCCAGCUGCUACAAGGGCUUGAUUUCCUCCACUCACACAGAGUUGUCCAUCGUGACUUGAAACCUCAGAAUAUUCUUGUGACAAGCAGUGGUCAAAUAAAACUUGCAGAUUUUGGCUUGGCACGCAUCUACAGUUUUCAGAUGGCACUUACCUCUGUGGUUGUCACUUUGUGGUACCGGGCACCAGAAGUUCUCCUGCAGUCUAGUUAUGCUACACCCGUUGAUCUUUGGAGUGUUGGCUGCAUAUUUGCGGAGAUGUUCAGGAGAAAACCACUCUUUCGGGGAAACUCUGAUGUUGACCAGCUAGGAAAAGUAUUUGAUAUCUUUGGACUUCCAUGUGAGGAAGACUGGCCCAGCGAUGUUGGACUUCCAAGAAGUGCAUUUGCUGCAAGACCUCAGAGCUGCAUUGAAGAUUUUGUACCAGACAUUGAUGAAUUAGGAAAGGAUCUGUUACUUAAAUUUUUGACGUUCAAUCCAAAAAAGAGGAUAUCUGCCUAUGAGGCUUUAGAACAUCCAUACUUUCAAGACUUGGAAAGUUACAAGAAGUUGUACUCACAAAACUCUACCAGUCAGUCAUCUUCUGAGAAGAAUGCUGCUUAAAGUGGAGGUUCUUUCAGAUGAAAGAAGCAUGUGCUUUUCCUGGAGGUUUAUAGAAAAUGAUUGUUUGACCAGAGGAAAAUGCUCCAAAUGUGCUUGUUUAACUAAAAAAUGUCUACCACACAAUCCCAUGCUGCUUUUCAUACAAUGUCAGAAGUCUCAAGGGAGGUGCUGUUGUUUUGUUUUAACAUCAACGCAAACCCCACUGCAGCUCACAUUUUGCCUGGAAUUUUUCUGGAGUUAAGAAGCUGCUCUCACAAAACACAACUGCCACUUGGUUCCACAGACGAAAGCUGCCAACCUGCUUCUGGAUGUAUAAUCAUGAUCACUGCCAGUAUUUCCCAACAUCCUUGCAGUGGCAGCUGCUGAAAUUCUGCUUGGUACCGUUUACUUGCAUUUGGCACUAAAUAACUGGGUUUAUAUGAAUUUAAUUUAAUAUUAUCUUUUUUAUGUUCAAGCAUAAUAUGCAGAAAUAAUUGCUGCAAAAAAUUUAAAUAUUCGUGAUGUUAAAAUGUGCCAUUUUGUUAUUUAAAAAAAGAGGACAAGGUUUCCUAAUUGUGGAGGUCAGAGAAGUUGCAUUUUUCAUUAUAAGUGAAAUAUGAAUGAAUGUGAAUUGUGUUCAGUAAAAACAUAAAGGUAGUAUAUCACAAAAUCUUAACAGUAAAGAAAAAUACAUCUCAAAGCAAUUUGAUAUGUAAAAGAAAUAGACAAUAUAUAAGCAUACAUUUAGUUACUCUCUAUAAAGGCUCAAAACAGAUGUGGUUCACCAAUAGUAGUACACAGUCGUUAUACUAGAAAUGAAUUUAAGCACAAGUAGUCCAUGUCAAGCUCUUUGUAGGAAUAACAGACAUACAGCUAUGAUAAAUAGCUGUCUACAUAUAACAUUUCCAUAUUAUUUUUCUCUUAAUUUAUUCUUUAAAAAUUAAAAGAUAUUGCUAAUGCACUUCAUAUUUCUUUGGACACAUUUUGCACCUUGAAUAGUUUUUGGGUUAUAUGCUGAAAUGAAAAAUGCAUCAUGAUGUCUACUAGUACUGAAUGAUUGGGUGUCAGAAAAUUUCAUAUGCUGUUAUGCAAUUUUUUUUUUUUUCGGGCCACAUUCUGACCUUUCUGUUGAAAACUGUGCUUUUCAUGAAUUACUUGAUGGAUUUUAUUUAUAAUUAAGGUAAAAUCAAUCAGUAGUAGUUCUAAUAUUUUACAAUUACUUUUUUUGUGACUGGAGCAUAUUUGAUGACUGCCAUAGAUAAUAUUUUCUGUCAAUUUCAGAACAACAAUUUUAACAAAUUUUUCCUUAACAAUUGUUUGAUGUGGCCUUUACCAAAGAAAAGAUUGUUUUUCAUUCGAAAAAACUCUUUGCUUAUUUAAAGUAUCUGACCACAGUAACGUGUUAUAAAUGUGUGCUGUACUUAGUGCGGGCUGUAGAAGCCAAAUUGGCAUUUAGUUUUUCUCACAAGAAGUUUGACCUAAUGAUGGAGAAGGUCAUGAUAUGCCUUCAGAACUUAAAUGAAAAUACUCACAAAACUCUUAAUAUAUUAUUAACAAUAUGCUGCCAGUUCACCAAAGUGCCAAUUAACUGGUUAGGUUUGCUUUAUGAAUGAUCAAAUUAGCCUGCCACACAACAGUUCAGCAUUACUGAUGCUUUGUUUAGGUUAAAUAUGAUAUCAAACCAGGUCUUACACUUGCAAAUAAUCAAGAGCAUAAAGUUUUAUGUCACUUAGGCGCAAUUUUAAACUAUGUGGACAGACUUCUUGUCAGUCCUCCAUGUUGAUGGUACUUUAGAUAUGGGCAAAUGGGUGAACGGACUGAUGGGAGGCUGCCCUUCCUUUUUUAACAUUUUGUCUAGAAACAUAUGUGGUUUAAUGUGGUCUAGCUUUAUAUUGUUUGUGUGCAACUUUAAGUGUGUUGUUUUCCUAAAUGGAUUUUCUGUGUGUUCUUUGUAUAAGAGUCUCGGUGGAGCCUUGAAAGUGAGUGGAAGUACUGUCAAGAGGCAGUUCAUUGACUUUUUACUUUUUUUUUUACUUAAGAAUGUGCAUUUUUUAGUAUGGUAGAACCUUAAAUUGUUUUGUCUGCAGCUACAGGCUUAUCUUAGGGAGAUUUGUGUUGAAUGAUCAGUGCAACACUGCCAUUGCUUGGUAAAUGUGAGAAUAAAAGCUUUUGAGCAUUCUUACACAUCUUAAAGCAAAAAUUACUGUUACGUAUCUCAUAUACUAAAAUAUUCAGCUUUGAAGUAAGGGCCAUAUUUUUGGUGACUUUGUGUAUUGUACAUAAUGUAUAUAAAACUGACUUUUACUGUCUCCUUAUAAUCCAGCAUAUCUGAUAGCUCAAGACCACCGUGCCUGUGCUGGUCACAUUGAAGCCGAUACUCAAGACUAUAUGAGUACCAGCUAAGCUUUCCAUAGGGUCCUCUGUACAGCAGGUGCUACCCUACUAUCAUCAUUGUUAGAAUGAUGUUGGAAAAGAUCAAAGAAAUGCUGCUGCUGAAACUACAUAUGUUUAAUUUAAAUGCAAAGGUCAUGUAUUCUUUCCACAUGUUUACAUUUUGUGAAAUUGACGCUAAUGUUGUUUUAUACCCUAUAGCAGUGCACUUGCUUCUGGGAUAUCCAACAUGAUAGUCAUAUUAUUAAGGAAUGAUGACAGUGGUUUGAUGUCAAAACAAGGACGUUUUGCCAAGAAUAAUGAUCUAACCAGAAUGGUGUUGUGUGUUUCAAAACAUUUCACAGUCAUCAGGACAUUGAAAAUGUUAAAAGAAUACUCUACCCAAAAAUGAUAUUUUUUGUUUGUUACCUACACAAUGUAUUUUGUACUGGUGACCAAGAAAAAUUUUUAAUGUUAUGUUUUCCUGUAGAUAGAACGGGGCCUAAUGGUGACUAGUGCUGAUCUACAGCAAACAAUGUCAAAAACAUCCAUGAAGCGAGUCAUGUCACGUAAUCCACACAUCAAGUCGUUGAAGACAGUACUCUAAAGGAUUGAAAUAGGCAAGUCUUCAAUUCUGAAGAUUUACCUCAUGUUAAGGGGAUUCCUGUUUCUGGAUUACUUUCAUUAUCGAGAAUUAUUUAUUUAACAAUAUUUUAGCAAAAAAUUACUUUUUGUGUGUAUUAUUUUGUGGGUAUUUUGGGUGGAGCAUUCCUUUAAAAGAAAGAUACAUUCCACAGGUUCUUAGCUAAAGGUUUUAAUUUGAUUAAGUAUACAGAAGUGAAGACAGGCAUAUACCAAUUUUAUGGAUUUGUGCUGUCAAAAGGCAUUUGGGACUCAGCUAUGCAUAUCUUGUAAAAGAUCCAUUCAGUAUGCAGGUUUAAUAGUUGUGUCCAUCACAUUGGUGACAGGAGUUUCCACCCUGGUUUUGAAUUAUUUGACCUUGCAUAAUGUUUAGCCUGUGGUCAGCUCAGCAGCAGACCCGAACAGCGGGUGAACUUUAGUGAGAAGUGAAAAGUCUAAGUUUAAUUGCAGGUGUGGAUAGAAAUGGAAGAACUUUGCAAUUUCACCAGUCCUAUAUUUUCUGUUGUUUUAUGAAUUUUAACAACAGCUUACCGUGCUUUCUUUGAACAAUAGUGACUUGCAAGCAUUUCAAGAUCUUCUAUAGUGCUAUCUAUCCAUGUUGUGUUCUGUCUUUCUCAUUUGUCUUUACCAACAUCAGCACUAUAUUUGUGAAGUAUCUUUUCUCAUGAUGUGAGUGUAAUAUUUUAGCUUUGUUAUAGAUUACUACAGUGGGCUUUGGGUUUGACCUGUUCUAUGAUCAACUAGUUUAUAAAUUUUACUUACUAGCCUGCAACAGGACAGUUCCGAUUAAUCAGUGAUGUUUCACGGUGCAUUCUUGAAGGUCCAGACUUUACACCCAUGUGUUGCUAUUUGUUAAACCAUUGCUUUACCAAUUGUUAAUGCAGCAUUUCUUGAAUUCAUUGUUAUUUCCAUAUAACUUAAUGGAUUUUGUAAUGUUCAGAACUGUGCACACUUGCAAAGCGCCUGCAUCAGUGAAGUUACAGAGGGAUUCUCAAGCAUUGCUUACUACCUUUAGUGUAGACGUUAAGAUGAACAGAAAUUAAAUUUUUUAGAACUUAACUGACCCAAAGCAUGAACACAAACAAAAUCUGAUCCUGGCGAUUAAUAAAACUGCAUUUGAUACAGUAAUAUAACUUGAAAUUAAUUUAAGUUGUAUGUAUAAUAUGCAGUUUUAUGGGUGUCAAAAUAUGGGAAUUUCAGGUAAAGUUGACUUGACUGUAGCUCUGUGUUGCAUAGCCUCAUACUGUAUAUGGUUACAAUGUUGAGAUGUUUGAUGGAGAGCAUACAGUAGCAGUAGGCAACUGUCAUCAGGUGACACACAGUUUUCAGACACUUUUAAGCCUCCUUAUUUAGAGGGGCUCCUUCCUUCCUUUUUAUUGAGACCACUCAGCCAACAUUAUUUAUUUAAUUUUUAUUUAGAGGUUUAUCAGUGUACUUUAUUUAAAUUUCUCGAACACAAAAAAAGAAGGAAGACCGAGCCUAACAGACCUUUAACUGCUGCUGUCUAACAGUUAUUUAGAAGACCGAGUCUAACAGACCUUUAACUGCUGCUGUCUAACAGUUAUUUAAGACAGAUAUUCUAAGGGUAUUUUUUUUAAUUUAUCGCAGCAGAAACAGUAGUUCUCAAAAUGAUAAGUAAGCGUCAAAAGUGGCAAAAAGUAGCAAGAGACUAAAAAAAACACUUUUACAUCUGAUGCGGUCUUAUGGCUCUAGAGACCAGGUUUCAGUUCCCCGCAUUGGUUUCUCCCUGUAUGGAGUUUUCAGGUUCUUCCAUCUUCCGAAUGAAAAUUCCUGUUUUUAACUACACUAUGAAGAGUCUUAGGUUGACAUGUCCCUUUUUCAGUGAGUGUUCUCUGUGAUAGACUGGUGUCCUGUGCAGAGUUGGUUCAUGUCUCAUGCCAAAUGUUACUUUUGAUCUUCUGUGACCAUGUUACACUGCAGAUGUAUGUGAAGAGUGGCCAUUAUGGGAUUUACUGUAUCUAACACAUGUUCCCAGUUUAUAGUUAAAGUAGCGGUUCAGAACAACAUAAAACGGUGCCAAGAUGUUCUAGUGGUUUUCUGCAAAUGCAUUUCUGUUGAGAGUAGUGUGUUCAACAGAGAAAAAAGAAGCAUCUGAACUAGAAGCCACCAGGUUACAGGAUUGUAUUUUGCUUGUUUCCCAGGGAAACAGUUUGGUUACAGUGUAAAUAAUGAGUAUAAAAGUGGAAGGAAAGCUGAUAUUUCUGUCAUGAUUAGGAUAACAUUUGUCUUAAAGUAUCCACUGGCUCAUUUUCCAUUUACCUUAACAGAAAUUCCACACAUUCUCACUAUGAAGUCAAUUUUUGAAUGGAGAAUGUUGUCUCUUGUUUCUGUUGAAUGUAUUUUAGAAGUUGAUUUAUAUGCUUCAUUUGACCAACAAAUAAGGCCUCUGUGUACUGUAAAACACUUUUGAGGCAUUAAGUAAACAGUACUAAUAUAGGGCAGGGCAGUGGAGCAGUAGCUAGUAUUACAGUCUUAGUGACCUGAUUGAGCUCUCAGCAUGGUCAACAGUCAUGUGGAGUUUGCACAUUCUCCACAUGUUUAUGAGGCUUCUGAGAAAAACGAUCAGAAAAUGGAUGUGCAGAUGUCUGUGAAGUUAGUCCCUUUUGAGAUCUACUGUAGCUAACACCCAGCUUGUAUCUGAAGUAGCAGUUCAGAGCAGCAGUAUGUAGCAGUUCACAAGUAUUUCACUAUCCUUGUGCAUUUCAAGGAUGUACAGGUUAGGUUCAUCAUCAAAGAUACAUUGGCCUGGCAUGAGCUUGACUGUGAAUGUUUGCAUGGGUGAACUCUGUGUUGCUCUGGCUUUCCUAUACAGGAUUUGUUUCUACUUGUAUGUCAUGCUCUGGCAUUCCAAAAAGCUGUCACAGUAAGCAUCAGAUAAUGCAUGGGAUGAUGUACUUGAAUCCAAAAAUCACACACCUUAAAAGAUUGUUGUGCAGAAAGCAAAUAAAUGGACUUAUGUUCAAAGUGAAUUUAAGACGACAGUAAGUCGUCUGGUAAGUUCUUUGCUUCCUGCCUGUCAAAAGAAAAGCUACAGAAUAUAGAAUUCAUUGUUACAUGUAUUUUUAUUUCCUUGAAGCAUUUUUACAUUUGAAUUAUAUUAGAAAACUAGUUAAAUACAUGAAAGGACAAGUACUUUAGAUGCAGCUAAUUCAUAUUAGCAAAUAUGAUAAUAUAUAUAAUGAUUUUCUAGCCAACGAGACAAGUUGAAGUAAUAUAGAAAGCUUAGUGUAGAGUUGUCGAAAACAAGGAUUUUGCAAGUUGCUUUUAGGUCGAGAGAGAGAGAGAGAACAGGAGCUCUCUGAAAAUGUUAAGUGUUUGAGUGUUUCUCUGCAAACGUGCCAUUAGCGGGUAAGCAGUUUUAUGAAAGUUGUUAGAUGCUUGAUGUGAGAGAGACCGGGAUGGUCUGAUAAGAAAAGGGCUUAGCCGAUCCAGGCCGGGCAGAUACGUGUUCUGUACUCAACAAGGUCUCAGAGAGCCUAGGUUUUGCUUGUGCUUUUUUAUCAGUUUCUUUUUGCUCAGGUUGUCUACUUUCUUUGUUUUAUUUUUAAAUUCCUUUUGUCCUGCUGUUUUUUUUUUUCCUCCUGAAUAGUUCAGCUUAUUUGUCCCACUCUAAAAAAAUACAGUUUGCUUUUGUUAGAGGACUUUUCCAGAGAAGAACUAUAUGACUCCAGUGUAAUAAAUGAAUGCAUUACCAGUACUUGAUGAUGAGACGUCUGCCCUAUAUUUCUGUGGGAAAUUAUUAAUGAGCUCAAAGAUGAUUCUCAUGUAUUCCAUUUCUGCUGUUUCCAAGCAGUGAAUAGUAAUGAAGUGUGUUUGUUUUGUUGUAUCCUAAAAGAAACUUUAUGAUUAAUUUUGAAUUCUGUACAAAGCAGUUCACACUCACCUGGCUGGUUUUCUUUAUUUUAUCAUGAACUUUGCUUUUCAUGGAAAUCGUAAAUCUGCAUUUAAAAACAAUGAUACAAGAAAUGGCAAAAAAGUUUGCAGUACACUAGAUAAAUAGCUAUGUAUGGGAAUAAAACAUGACCCGAAUUGAUGGGUUUGUGCUCAAUUUUUAAUCUGUUUUAGUAUCACAUUAUACAUCCCUCCUUCCUUGUUUCAUUUUCUCACUUGUAGUUUACUUAUUCAUGCAGGCAUCAAAGUCGUUUUUGCAAGUGAAAGCUAGGUUGGCGCUGCAGAACAGGGGACCAUAUUGAUUUAAGAAUAAUGUCUAAUAAACACACUUGUUUUGUUCACUCAACCUCGAGUAAAAUACAGUCACCCCACAAAAUGGUAACUGAUUGAGAAGGGACCCCUUCAUUUGAAAUUUGCUGUAACAGUGUGGCUAUGUUUGAGGAGGUGAGCUCAAAGAGUACCAUGUUGUGCACAGUCCAGUGUCUGUCUUUCUAUGUUAGUUGACAUCUAGUUCUGGCACAAUAUGUUUAUAAUAAUGAUCGUUUAUGGGCUGGCAAAACAUAUUUAACAUUCUAGGCUUAGCAUGUCCUUUACAAAUGGUAUUGGAACAUGUAUGUAAAUAAAAGAGUUCAUACAGCACACCUUCACUGAAUAACAGAGUCAUCCUCAGAGCUGAAGAGCAAAAUCCAACUCUCGGUCACUUAGUUCAUCAAAGUCAACUUAAAAUGAAACAGCGUUUUAAUUCUGUUGCCUGACUUUUGUAGAUUCUCAUAAAUUGAGCAUUUCUUUUGUAUAUAGACAGGGAGGGGGUUUGGUGUUAUUUAAUGUCGUAUUACUGCUCUACAUAAAUGAGUAUCUGCAGUUAUCUUGAAAGUGGAAUUUCGGAAAUAUAGCUCUGUAAUUCUUCUAUGCAAGGUUUAUCAUGAUGCAUGUUACUGUUUUUUGUCUUAAUGAAUUUUACUGGAAACUAAUUGCACACUUUUUUUUCUGUAUAAUGACAUUUCAUUGGCAGCUACUUGAUUUAUUUUUAACAAACUGAUCUUAGGAAGGGUGUUAAUUAAAGGGAAUAUUUACUUACAACUUACAUAUUGAGGCUGGCAGAGUGUAUGCAUAUGCAGUAAACACACUAGAUCCUCAGUAACUCUUCACUGAUCAUUGUCACCUUUUUGACAUGUAGUGUUUCUUUUCCAAGUGCUAUAAAAUGGCGUAAUGGUAAACGGUGUUGCCUCACACCUUCCUUCUCUGCCCUGUCACAUGUGUACAGAGUUUGCAUGUUCUGUCUUUGCACAUUUGCUCUGGUUAUUUAUCCCAUAGAUGUGCAGGUGUGCUUAUCGUUGUUAAGUGUACACUGACUCCGAGUGAGUGUGUGUGUGUGAAUGUGCCGCUGUCUACUUUUGUCCCGUUCAAUAGUGGCUUCUGCCUUGCACUAAGUGCUGCUGUGUUUCUUUUCUAUAAAUUCUCCUCCAUCCUAAUGCCAUUGUAUUUUGUCGCAGGAACUUCACUGGAUUUCAAGAGGUCAGCCAUGAACACAUGUGACAUAAAAUUACAUUCACAUUUUAUUUGCCAUUAUGGACCAAUUGUUGUUUUAUUCCUUUAGGGCAAAUUGUUUGUUUCUGUUGCCUAAAGACUGAGACAGUAUUCUUUAAACCAUAAAGUGUGUUUGUUCAUUCUAUGUCUCUAACCGCUAAACUAGCCAUUUAACUAUGUUGCCCUCCAAGUGUAUGAAAAAUAUAAGGACAUUUAAUAUAGUCGUGCACUUGUAAGACACGUUGUGGUGGUUUUCCCUAAAGGAGGCGGCUGGAUAACAUUCAGGCUCUUAUGUUGGUGAAACAUUCAUGACAACUUUACAAGCUCAGCAGCUUCUGCAAUGACAUAUCACUCCAUGUAAAAACUAACAGACACAUGUAAUGUUGUGGACAGAGGGUCAGCAGUCUGGAGGCCGUGGCCAGGAUGGGGCUUUGACUUUAGGAGUUUUCCUGCCUCCAGUGUUUGUCAAUAUGCAAAUUAGACAGUAUGCUGGCACAUAGCAAUACUUUGUCAUGUUGUCUGUAUCAAGUAAAGGCCCUGGUUUAUGGGUGUCAUUUAUUUAAAAUGGUCUUAAUAAUGUGCUCAUUAGUAUUUUAAAAUAACAAAUCUUUAUUAUUUUUAAAAAUAUGGUAUAUGUUGACAGGUAUUACACGGUAAUAUAUGUUUUGCGAAUAGUUUUGUGUUUUAAGUCAAAAUUGCUUACAUUGAAUUAUGAGUCUAGCGUACUCUUUAUUGGCUUCACGUUCAACAUUUCUUUCUUCUGUAAAAGCUGCGUCUGACAUGGUAAAUUUUUUAAAAAAGGGGGUAGGCUUUAUAAAUUCAAUGUCUUUAGCUGGAAAGGAACACCUAGAAAUUAAUAAUAAAUGGCUGGUUCUGAGACAGCUUUAAAGGGUAUUCCAAUUAAAAGAAAAUGAAUAAACUGAUGUCCAAGGUAUUUUUAGUUUUUUGGAUAUUCUUCACAAAGUGAUUAACAUUGCUACCAACACCUGAGACCCAAAUGGUUCACAACGAAGCAGAGAUCUAAUUAAAUCUCCACUCUAAAUUGUCCAAGUGUGAAGGCGUGUUCAAGGGUGCUUCACUGUUAGCCAUCGACCGGACUGUUGUGAAUGUGUCCUGUGAAAGGCUUCUGUUUGCGUUAAUCCUCGCUUUGCAUGUGUCUGCUUGUUGUGAUCCUAUAUUGGAAACAGGAAGUUCAGAAAAUAAAUGCAGUAGAAACAGGAAGUUGAGAAAGUUUUGUUUUCAGCUACUUCCUAUCUGACAGAAUUUCCGUGUUAAUUAGAUCCAUUGUCUUUCUUUUUCUGUGAGUGUUUCCCUCAUUUAGAUGUGGCAGUUUACUGUCAUUUUAGAGCAUUAUUCAGGCAGUCACAAGCAGGAUAACAAUGAAAUGUGAACUGAAUUCCAAAGGUAUUUGAAUUCUCUUCUUCAUUAUUAACUCCUGUUAGGUUAGAAUAAUCGCAGGCGAGCCUCCUGUGGAUUAGACGGAAAAGCAGAAGUUGGUCAAAAUGCAAUAUUUGAAUUCUAAAUCACUGUAUUUAACAUGUUGAAUAGUAAUUACGACAUGUCAUUGAUGAUGCAAAAUUUCUUUUUCAAGUUGCAGGAUUAGUUGCUGCUAAUUAUAAAAGUGUGGCUAAGGCUGCGGUCAAAGGUGCUUCUUGUCACUGCUCUCAUUCAAACAGGUAGAGAUGUCCACUAGGAAUAAAUCACAUUUACAAGACAAGAAACUCUAAUCUUUCUCCUUUGCUUUGUACAUUACAUGGUGACCAGCUUGGUCGCAGGAGCAAUGAAAGUUUGUCGACCAAACAUUACAAAAUGAAAAAGAAAUAAAAUGAUUUACAAAAAACGUGCCAAGCAGACUGUGACGUCGGACACCAGCAAAGUAAUAUGGGUGAAGAUGAUAACUUUGCAUAUUAACUAAUAAAUUCUUCAUCAAGUUGCGACCUUCCAAACUAGUAAGAUUAGCAGAGGUCAUUGUGAGCUGCCUUGAAUCGUCACUGUUAUGCUGUCUCUGUGAAUAAUAUCUUUUAACAUUUUGUUCCUCACCAUUUGUGAGAUAUUAGCGUGAGAAAUGUAUUUUCAAUCAUUUUUUAUAUGAUAAGCACACAAGAGCCCAUAUACAGUACAUUUCAGUUUGUCUGCAAUCAAAGAGAAAGAAUGCGGUUGUUGAUGUUACGGUAUGACUGGUCUGUCUUCGGUUCCCAAUCUGUAAAAAGGCCUAAAAUGUUACACUCUCUGGGCGCUCAUUUCCCAGAAUGACAGCAGGAGCACAAAUGUAGAGGUGUGCUCUUUGAUUCAGUGCCAUAAAGUAUUGCUGUUGAAAUCUUCAGCAUAACAAUUCCUACGUCAUAAAUGAAAGCCUGUGUUUUGGUGCUACAGUAUGUGUGACAAAAUUCUUCUUCUGGGAAACAGGAAAUGUGGAUUUUUGUUUAUCAUAUUUCCUGUCUUUCCUCAUUUAGCAAUAAGCUUAUUUGAGUGGGCACAGUAACCGUAAAUAUACAAGCAGAAGUGUGAUUUUAAUACUGUUAUUUAAUUUACUUUCUGCAUGAGGUUUUGUUACUUUUUUAUUGCAGUACGCAAAUAUUAUCUGCUCAGCCACCGUUCUGUUCUAGUGAUUUAACUGCCUUUAAAAUAUUUCUGCUGGAAUAACUGUAUCAUAAUUUAAAGUAGAACUGUGGCUGCAGGGCCUAAAGAGGCCAGUGGUUGGUCUCUCAUGUAUCUUGUUGACGGCAGGUUCGAUUUUUUGCUGCCCUAACUUUGUUGCCAUGUACUGUAACACAAACCCAUCUAGCGCUCGUCGCUGUUCAAGUAGACGCUCGGUGUGUCCGCGGAAUGUCAGUCAGUCGUUUUCUAACCCACUUAGUCCUGAACGGGGUUGUUUUCCUUAGGACACUUUUUUGAAUACUCGUAUCUGGAAUAUAAAGAGUUGCAAGUAUAACUAGUUCUUUUUCAAUGGUGCCUAUUUUAACAGUCUAGAUGGUUUCAUCUGCUAAGUAUAUAUCUCAUAUCACAAAAAUGUAGAAUGUUCUUUUAAGGUUGUGUGUGGUUAACAUUUUUUGUUGAUUAUUUUGCCCCGUCAUGCUGCUAAUUUAAUGUCCUGCUCUGUUUAACGCCAUAUCUGAUGUUAGCGUUCACGCAGAAGGUAUGGUAAACGAGUACCAGUGAUGAAGCUGCUUCACUUGAGCGGAUGUGUGCUACAUUUUGGGCUUAUGUCUCCUAGCUCCAACUGCUUUACAUUUUUAUUUUUAUAAAAUAAACAGUUUAGUGUGUAAAA